AUGGGGUGUACGCCUUCACACAGUGUCAUUGUCAACAGCGUGGCCAAGAGCGGCUUUCAGUUUUUGAAAAAGCCCAAGGCAAUUUUGCCGGGCCGCCAGCGGGACAGUGAAAGAUGUUCUGUCCCUGUGCUGGUUAAGAGUUCCACCUGCUAUGGCCCUGGCGGGGAGCCGCCCCGGACACCGAGGCCAGCAGAGGAACCUGGGAGUUUCGGGAGGUCCCAAACCACAGCUGAAGGGCUUGGUCAGCUCAUGGGAGAAAUGGAAAGACUGAUGCCAGAAACCAAAACCUCCCCGUCCCAGCUGAACAAACCACAAAACAAGGUGGCUGUGGACAUCUCAUUCCAGAAACAAGGCUCUCAUAGGACACAAGACGCAGCCUUUCCUGAGGGAGACAGUGAGUCAAGCAUGACCAAGGAGACCUCCAAAUGGGAAGGGACGCCAACGUGCCAGCCAGAUGAGCAGAACCACUGCUACCAAACCACCCUCCCCGUCCCUGGGUCAGAAGGCAAAGUAGACUUCCCUGAGCCCCUGGUGAAGGCUCACCAGCAGACAUACGCCUACCUUCAUGCCAGCCUCACCAGAUACGAAGCAGUCCUGCACCUGGUCCAGCAGGCCAGCCAGACGAGGGAGCUGCUGGGGCCCAUGCUCGGCUUCCUGCUGCUGUGUUUGGAGGAAGCCACCCAGCUCCUCGGGGAGAUCGCUGAGGAUGGAGACACACUCCUCCAAGAAGUCAGGGAGGAUCUGGCAUGGCCACCGAGCAAAGGAGCGCCCCCGGAGCAGCCAGACCUCCUGCGACAGCUGCUGCAGUACACCGUCAACAAGCUACAAGGGCUCCAGAGCGCGCUGGCCACCCUCAGUGGAAGCCUCCUGGAGGGCUGCAGCAGCUACCUCCACUCCGCUGCCAGCCACCUGGAACACAAGCUUGGCACCAAGAGGUGUGCACACAACCGCCUCCUGAGGGCCCUGGGGCAGCUAGAGAGUCUGGCCAGUGGCCACAGUGGCCCUGGGCUGCAGGGUCCACCCUUGUGCUCUGAGGACAGCGGCAUUGGUGCUGACAGCGAGUCUGUGCAAUCCCUGGACAAGCUGGGCAAGCAAGCUAGCUGGGACUUUGCCCCUGAGCCUGGGGAAUGGAAGCCAGGGACUGCACCCCAGACGGAGGUCAGGCUCUUGGGGCCUGCCUGGCAGCAAGGUCCAUCCUGGACAAGUUCAGACAGACCCCAGGACUGCCCAUGGGCAAGGCCCGCCAUGGCAAAGGUUCAGCCAGCAGCACAGCACGAAGCCAGAAACCCAAGUGCCCCCAGCACAGGCCCAGACGCCGUCACUUCUAGGCCUCUGGAGGCUGGCAGCAGCACCCCGUGGGAUUCCCUGAAAGUCGGGGUCCCUACGGAAGCACAUCGUCCUGGAAGCUCUGGGUUGAUGGGUGCUCCAUACCCGAGCGAAGGUGAGGACAGCAGCCUGGAGGAGGAGGAAGAGGAGGAGGAGGAGGAAGCCAGCGGCGCAGGUCUGUGUGCAGAACCUGGGAAGGCUCCGGGGUCAAGGCCACGGUGUUCACCCGCUGUCCGGGACAGCCUGUUUCAGCCACGCUCCGGGAGGCCAGGGAGCCCCCAGGCCCAGGAAAUGAUUCUGAAGAUGAAGGAAGCCAUCAGUGAAAGAAUCAAGUUCGUCCCAGCGGCCUCCAGACAGCAGGACUGGGUGGAGGAGGACGAGGGGAGGAUGAAGAGCCCACCUAGACCUCGCACAGCCAUUGGCAGCAGGAGGACACCGGAGCGAAAAAGGAGAUCUCAGUCGGAGGGGUGUAUUAAGAGCCCCGCAGAGGACCCCACCCUUCAGGAGCUGAGGAGGGUCCAGGCUGACCUCACCCAGAGGCUGGAGAUAUUUUAUGCCCUGGGUGCCCCCCGGCAGAGGCACAGCAAGGACUCGCUUCCACAGCUCAAGGCCACAGCGCUGUGGCCCCCCAGCAACGGCAGGGUGGGCCCCAGCCACACCACCAGCAAGCUCAAGGCCUCGCUCACCAAGAACUUCAACAUUCUGCCCAGUCAGGACAAGAGCAUCUGGCAGAAAUGCGGUCCCCUCCCUGCACGUGAGCAGCCCUGGCAGGAGAGGGCACCAGAGCUACCAAAUGCCAGCCCUCCCCGUGAGAAGGACAACACAGCUCGCGGGGCCACACGGUGGGACGUCGUGGGCUGUUCCACUAGACCAUCAGUGAAGAAACUUAUUGAAACUUUCAGUCCCACCGAGAGCCCGAGGACACUGGGAGACUCAAGGAACUUGGGUCCAAGGCCCUGCCUCAGGAAGUGGGGGGUCCCUGUCACGCUUUCCAGAUUUCCCAUCUACAGAGGGCUUGCCCCACUCUAUCCUAAGCCCCAAAUCUCUCCAGCAGCAGGCAGAAACCCUCUGCAGGUGGGAACGGGCUGGAGGCCUUCAGGGCCCGCGUGUCCCCCUCUACCUGCAGAAGCAUCCAGGAGUGGGGAUACCAGCUGGGAAGCAGUGGAGGACCCCGAGAAUCUCCCUCCACCACCUCUCGAAGUCCUGAUGGACAAAUCAUUUGUUGCUCUGGAGCCCCCCGAGAGCAGCCAGCCAGCAGGCGGCCACCCUGAAGUGGCCACGGCACCCACACUGGCCGCGGCUGGCCCUGCCAGGAAAACCUGGGCUUCUCCGAAGCUGAGAGCGUCCGUGGGCCCCGUGGACUUGUUGCCCAACAAAGGCAGUGGCAGCCCCCCAAGGCUGUGCAGCACGGGCCCGGGGAGAGGCAGGAGCGGCUGCGGUCCCCGGAAGCUGGCCUUAGACCCCAGUUCCUCAUCGGCAGGCAGCCUAGACCCAGAAGUGGGGAGCGAGACUCAGAUGCAGGCCGGGAAGGCGGCAUGCCUCUCCAAGCAUCACCGGAAGGCCACCCCCUGGCACCAUGCCAGCCUCACAUCCGGGCAAAGCAGGACCACAGAACCCAGCCUGGCCAGGCCCACACGAGGGCCAUGUUCUCCAGAAGCCUCCAGACAGAACAGAGACCGAAGCCCACCGAGGGCCAGAAAAGCCUCCUCCGUGAGGGCUCACUGGGCACUGCAAGUGGACAAGCGGCUCCGAAGCCUGCCUGUCUCUCAUGGACCUUCCCAGCCAAACCUUCCCACCAUCCUCAGCUCCCCCAGCCCACCCAUGAGCCCCAGGUCCGAAAGCCCACCAGAGACAAGGAAGCAGACUUCCCCACUGUCCAGCCCCACGCCAGGGAGCCCUCCUGCAGAGCACAAGGUCUCCAGCCCUCCUGUCCAGCACGGAGAAGGAAGUUCCCCUUCCUCUGUCCCUUCUCUGUCCCCUCCAGUGUCCCCAUCUCAGGGACACAAAGAGACAAAACACUUUGAGGACAGAGAAGCCACCAUAGCCAAGGCAUCCAGGAAGGCGUGCUCUAAUUUCUGCCCAGCCACCUCCUCUCCAUCAGAAGCUAAGUCACAGUUCUCAGCUAACCUGCUAACCCCAUCAUCACUGUCCCAAGAGUCUGGGGACCCUUUUGGGACCUCAGCAGGAUACUGGAGGAGCAGCUCAGGGCCACGACUGAGGAUUGACUCACAGAAGAGAAUGGCUCUGAGUGCCCUCAACCCCUUGCCCUUCAUCCAAAGAACAGCUCUCAGCCGCCAGCCAGGUGUCCGGCUUCAGCUGCCUGGCUCCCCUUGGGACUCUCAGCCCUGCCAAAGCAGUGACCAGGCUCAGGCCGCCCAGGGACCAGCAGGGCAGCAAGUGGGCAGCCUCCCUCGCCAGCAGUUCCAGGAAGAGCUUGUAUCCCAGUGGCAGGGCUACAGCUGGGGAAACCAGCAUGCUCCUGGCCUACGCUUCAUGCAGAUGUGGGACCUGAACCUGGACCUGAGUGGGGCUGAGAAAGAUGAAUUCCAGACCAAACCUUUGUCAAGCCACCAUGCAGACAGCAGCAAAGACUGGGCCUGGACCAAGCACAGCCUGCUCCCCAAGGGCUCAGGACAGAAGGCGACUGGAGCUCGACCACGGUCCCAGGUCCCCAGGUCCCAACUGCAGGAUGAGAGGGUUCCUGGAGCCCCGUCCAGCAGCAGCAGCAGCAGCAGCGAGGACGGUGCCAAGCAGGACUCCUUACACUGGAGCAGCGCAGAGUCACAGGGCAGUGGCGGCAGGCGGGCGUCUCCCCCAGACCUGUGCGUGCUAGGCCGCGCACUGCAGCCAGAGGCCCGCCUCAGCCGGGCCCAGGACAGAUCCCAGGCAGAGGCACAGCUCCAGCAGCAGCAGAUGACCUGA